AUGAGGGCCCACACUGACACGGCGGACGCGGCCCAUGGCCUCCUCGCGCUCGCGGCGCAGAAGACGUGCGUGGAGGUGCUCCCUGCGGUCGUCAGCCGCAAGUUUGGCGCGAACGAGUUCGUCGGCACUAUCAAGGAGGGCAGCUUCGGGUGCCAGCACCUUGAGGGGCCCGCCAAGUACGUCUGGAGCUCGGGCACGACCUACGAGGGCAGCAUGACCUCCAGCGUCAUCGAAGGGCGAGGCAAAUUCUGCUGGCCAGACGGCUCCACCUACGAGGGGGAGCUGCAGGAGGGAAAGCGCCACGGCCAAGGCACCUACGUCGCCAAGGACGGUGUCACAAGGUACGAAGGUCAGUGGGCCUCUGGCAAGCGCCACGGCUACGGCAAGCUGGUUUACUCAGCCGACGGCACCUCCUUCUACGACGGCCAGUGGGCCGGCGGCAAGAAGCACGGCCGCGGGAAGCAGGUGUGGCCCAGCGGGAACUGCUACGACGGCGAGUGGGACAGCGGGAGCAUGCGCGGCCAAGGGACCAUGUCGUGGACCACCGUGGCCGGCCAGGAGAUGUACUCCGGCUCCUGGGAGGAGAACAAUCCGCACGGCGAGGGCACCCACACGUGGUGCACGCCGGCGGAGCCAGCGUCGCCGCGCGGGCUCAACGAUUCCGUGGCGUCCUUCGGCAUGGGCGGCACCAGGAGGCCAGCCGCGGCGCCCGCGCCCCAGCAGCAGCAGGUGAACCGCUACGCCGGCCAGUGGCAGGGCGGGAGCCGCUCGGGCUUCGGCACAUUCUACUACGCGAACGGCGCGAACUACGCCGGCGAGUGGAAGGACCACGUGAAGCACGGGCGAGGUCGGCACACUCUGGAGGACGGGCGCUCCUACGAGAGCGACUUCGUGGGCGACCGGCCGCUUGGGGGCCCGAGGGAGCUCCUCGAGGGCGACUCCAGCGCCAAGGGGGCCGCCGAGAAUCCGGUCGGCAAGAUCAUCGAGGUGCCCGACCUCUUCCCGCUGGCGUUGCCCUCGGACCAGAGCGGUUUCCCCGCCACGGUGGGCACCGGCUACCAGGAUCCCGUCAAGGUCCUGAGAGAGGUGCACAAUGGGCUAUUGCGCCACCUCAGCACCAUGCGCGACCUCUACAAGUCGUACCGCCUCCUCGCGCCCACGCCGGGAGAGGACCAGGAUCCCUUCGUGAUGAGGACGCGCGUGCCGCACCGGCGCCGAGCGGCCCCUCUCUCGGAGGACGAAAAGGACGAGAUAGCACGCUACACUUCGACCGCCAUCCGUGAGAACUCCAAGUUGCAGAAGCUCUCGCAGCGCAGUUACAUUGCUGCCACCCGACUGAACCGAGUUCUUCCCAGGAUGGCAUUGUCUAAUGGCGGACGCCUUCGGUUGCUGUGUCGUAAGACGGAGCAGUGCCGCUUCUACCAGAACGGCGCUUGUACGCGCGGGGCGGCGUGUACUUUCGCACACGGGGAGCAGGAUGUCCAAAAGAAGCCAGAUUUCCAACGUACGAAGCGAUGCCCCACGGUGGCCACUGGCCAACGCUGCGAAGACCCUCGUUGCCCCUUCGCCCACACCGCCGAAGAGUUUCGCAAGUUCAAGCCAGAGCUGGCCGCUGUGGAUCAAGAUGUCGCUGCCAGCACGAAGAAGAGGUCUGGCCGAGGCUUCAAGGCAGAGAACUACCUCAGCAGUUGCAGUACCACAAGUUCUUGCGGACUGGCGAACUCCGACGCGGGCACCGAUGACACGGGCAACUUCUCGUUGGGCUUCGGUCAGUGCAAUGGCAGGCUCGAGGGAUGCACAGGCAGGAUCAACGCAGACGCCAGUUGGAGCCGCCAGACUACCACGUGUUCUGACAGUAGCUUCGGCCGCCAGACCUCUGACAGCGGCUGCGGCCGCCAGGCUCCCGACAGCGGGUUCAGCCGCAAGGCCUCCGAGUGCUCCCAAAGCGUUCGGCGUCCGAAGCCCACGAAGCACAACACGCGCCUAUGCUCUUUCUACAUGGUCGGGAAGUGCAAGAAGCCCGACUGCACCUUCGCUCAUGGCGCCCAAGAGCUGAAGCCGCGCGCUGGCCACGAGGAGUCCGCCUCCGGCGAGGAAGGCCGCCGCCACAAGCAGGGCCAGUCGACGUCAGAUCGGGCCAUGCAGGUUCUGUGGAAUGAGCUGGAGCAUGGCUUUGUGCAUCAUGAAUGA